GUUGUUAUCGACGCGACCUUAAGGCCCUGUGAAUCUGACAUGGCUCCCCCUCACGAAACAGACGUAUCUGUAUCAUCGAAUGGUAUCGGCACUUUGCCCAUAGCUGAGAAGGAAUACAAAGUGGAGAUUCGGUGGAGGAAUGUCGUGCUGAUGGGACUGCUUCACCUGAGCAUACCGUAUUCACUGUAUCUCUCCAUAUACCACGUGCAGUACCGGACGUUGUUUUGGGCUUGGCUCCUGCACAUUUUCGGUGGUCUCGGUAUUACUGUUGGGGCACACAGACUAUGGACUCACAAGAGCUACAAGGCAAAGUUCCCCCUGCGUCUGUUCCUAGCCUUCCUAAAUACAAUAGCACUGCAG